AUGGAGACUUCCAAUGGGACUGAGACCUGGUACAAGAGCCUCCAUGCUGUGCUGAAGGCUCUGAAUGCCACCCUUCACAGUCACUUGCUCUGCAGGCCUGGGCCAGGGCCAGGAUCUGGACCAGACAAUCAAACUGAAGAGCGUCGGGCUAGCCUUCCUGGCCGUAAUGAUAACUCCUAUAUGUAUAUUCUCUUUGUCAUGUUCCUAUUUGCUGUCACUGUGGGCAGUCUCAUCCUGGGAUACACCCGUUCACGAAAAGUGGAUAAACGUAGCGACCCCUAUCACGUGUACAUCAAGAACCGAGUGUCUAUGAUCUGA